AAUGUCUCACUGAGAAUGUUCUCUGCUGUGGUGAUGAUUUCAUGGGAUUCGACGGCGCCUUUCAUUCAUCGUUUUUUAUCCUGUUCUGAUACGGAUUUUACCUGUAGGAAAGAAUAACAUCAUUUGACACUUAUCCACAACAUACUGGAUACAAAGAAAUGUUUCUAUCAGUCACAAUGGUACUAUUUUAUAGACUCAUAUUUCUUGCUGCGCCUCUUUCAGGUAACGGCUUGGCACAGCUGCCGGAUAGCUAUGGACUAUCUUUCCCGUUGAGGUCAGCUCAACUGUCGGAGGAUGCGAUACUGGUGGCAAAUAACGGGAUACGCGUGCCAUUUGGGAGAUCUGUUUUCAUUGAUCCCGUCAAUGAUUUGGUGAUUCAAACACAUCCUGGGGACCGAUGCAGCAUCACUGUGCUGGAUAACGACCCGCUUUCUCAGAGACCGGGGCAUCUCUCUCCCAAAAAGUUUCUUUGUGAUUUUGGUCCCAACGACGUCACCUACUCCCACUUCGGAUCGAGAAGUCCUGUUAAGGACAGAGUGAGGCUACAGCUCAGGUAUGACACGCGAACCGAAACCGUUGUCAUCCCGUUCAUGAUGGAGGUAGAGGUGUAUUUUACGCAGCUGGAGGUGCUGACCAAAAAUUUGCCGCUGACCGUUGAUAAACUGAAGGGGGUUAGUAAUGCUAUUGAUAAAAAUAUAUUGGAAUUCACUUAUGACAGAGACUCGCAUAAAUGUGAGGUGACUUCUUUAGCGAGUAGUGGCACUCUUCCCAGGUACGGAAAACUGGUACAUAACAGACUCCAAAAAACUAUGGACUGUGACAAAUUUACCCGAUCCGAAAUCCGGUAUGAGCACUUGUUUGUUCACAAGUCUCCCAACCGAGACUACAUACCUAUGGUUGUUCAUUUGCGUGAUAAAGAGGGAAAUCUUAUGAAGGAGGAGUAUUUCCAGCUGAUGAUCCGAAUCAGAGAAGGGGAGGAGAAUACUCCUCCUAAACCCAGCUUUGUUGCAAUGAUGAUGAUGGAGGUUAGUCAGUUUGUGAUGACAGCUCUGACCCCUGAAAUGCUGGCUGCAGAGGACAUUGAAUCAGACCCUGAUGACCUUAUCUUCAAUAUCACCUCGCCGCUCUCCUACGAGGAAGGUUAUAUAAUCAGCACAGACGACAGGAACCUGCCGAUCACUUCAUUCUGUCAAAGAGAUCUACGUGAAUUGAAGAUAGCGUACAAGCCCCCCUCUCUGGACUCAGACACAGAGAGGAUCUUCCAGAUAGAGUUUGAGGUGGUGGAUCUGGAUGGGUUUGUCUCGGACCCCUUCGCGUUCAUGAUCUUGGUGAAGCCGAUGAACUCGCUGGCACCCGUUGUGACACGCAACACGGGUCAGCUGCUCUACGAAGGUCAGUCCCGCCCCCUUUUCUCCGCCCACAACCUGGAGAUCAGCGACGAGGACGACCUGGACAGCGUCACCGUAACCGUUGUCGAUGGGCUCCGCCAUGGAAUCCUUACUGUCCUGGGUUCACAUAGGAAGUUCCUCACAGCCGCUGACCUGAAUGCCGGCUUGGCCAUCUACCAACAUGAUGGCAGUGACACAUACAGUGACAAUAUCAUUUUCAGGAUGACCGACGGCAACAAUCAGGUGGAGUUCCUGUUUCCCCUGACAAUAGUUCCUACAGACGACGAGCCCCCUAUUAUAAAUGUCAAUACCGGCCUGGUGCUCUUCAAGAACCAGAUGAUACCCAUCUCCCCUCUGAUGCUCAGUGCCGCUGACAUCGACUCGGAGGAUUCCACCAUCAAGUUUGUGAUUUUGCAACCGUUAUCAACCAUCGGUGUGGUGCUGCUCAGGCAGUCAGACGCCCCGGGAGACCCAGAGUCAUGGAAGUUUAAUGCUGUGGAUGAGGUUUAUGAGAAGGAGGUGACCGAGUGGCUGCAGAAGGACAUCAUUGAUGGGAAUGUGUUCUAUAAACACACGGGACAACAUGACACAAACACAGCCACGGACCGGUUAGUGUUCAAAGUCCAGGAUGACAACGACCCGCCCAACGAAUCAGGUGAGAACAUCUUCCUCAUCAGAGUUCUGCCGAUUGACGACGUCCCCCCCGAGCUGUUCCCUGGGACCACACUCCAAAUGGCAGUUCAUGAGUACCAGCUGACCCAUAUUGGCAGGAACGUUCUCCGCUACACAGAUUUAGACUCAGAGGACCGUGAUCUGAAAUACGCAGUGAUCCAGCCGCCGACAGACACCGACGAGAAUAGCCCGGUGGUCUUUGGGUCCAUUGUUCUGACCGAGAGCCCUGACACUGAGGUCAGUGAGUUUACCCAGGCUCAGGUCAACCACCACAAGAUCUCAUACAGCCCCCCUGACCAGGAGCUAGGCAUCACAGCUCACGUCGUCCAGUUCCGGUACUCUGUCGAGGACCCGGCCGGUAACAGUGUGAAGGGGGAUUUUACGAUUUUCCUCCAGCCAGUUAACAAUAAACCUCCCGAAAUCACUAACACUGGUUUCUCUGUGUUUGAGAGAGGUAUGCAUGUGAUAUCCAGUGUUGAGCUGGACACAACAGACCCUGACACAGACAGUAAACACAUCCUGUUCACUCUCAGGCAGCCUCCACAGCAUGGGCAGGUCCAGCACGGUGUCGCAGACCUCGAAGAAGGGGGUUCCUUCUCCCUAAAGGAUAUCUCGGAUGGAAAGAUUGUGUAUGUCCAAAACGGCGAUGAAACGGUGAGUGACGCAUUUCAACUCGAUGUCAGCGAUGGAAUUCACAUCGCUGCAGUGACAGUCAGGGUUGUCGUGAAACCUGUCGACGACGAAAUGCCAACGAUCAGUUUACCGGCUGGAACGGUCGGUUCCCACAUUGAAGUCCUAGAGAAUGGAGCCACGGGAAUCACCACAAGCGUCAUACAGGGGCAGGACGAUGACACCGAUGACCUCCAGCUGACCUUUCUAAUCGAAGACCCACCGCUGUUUGGCAACAUCCUGGUUGCUGGAGCACCUGUCGGAAAGUUUACUCAAGCCGACAUCAUCAAUGGUUUAGUGAUGUACGCUCACACCAGUGGAGAGAUCGGCCUGACGACUAUUGUGGACGGCUUCAACCUUACCCUUACAGACAUGUCGUAUGAGUGGUCCAUGGGCGGAAACAAGGUCAACGGUGUCCAUGUCCAAGUCACCAUCCUCCCUGUUGACAGCCAGGCCCCAGUGGUUACUGUGGGUGACCAGUUCAGUGUCAUCGAAGGAGGAAAGUAUGCCAUUGGAGCCCAGUAUUUAAAUGCGGAAGACAAAGACACUCCCAGUAAUGAUAUCCUUUGCACCAUCAUUGUACAACCUUCUUCUGGAUACGUGGAGAACAUCUCUCCAGCUCCUGGGUCGGAAACGUCAAGGUCAGGAACUGCAAUCAGUGCUUUCCACAUCGGAGACAUCAGAGAAAAUAAUUUGUAUUAUGUUCAAAGUAUCCACAAGGGGGUAGAGCCGGUAGAAGACAGGUUCGCAUUUAGAUGCUCUGAUGGUAUUAACUUCUCAAAGAGGCAUUUCUUCCCUAUUGUGAUUAUACCAGCUAAUGAUGAAAAUCCAGAGAUCUACUUGAAUGAGAUUGUUUUGAUGGAGGGCAUGAAUAUUGUCAUUGACACUCUUCUACUGAAUGGAGCAGACACUGAUAUCCCAGCAGAGGAGCUCACGUUCAUCAUCUCCAAACCUCCCAAACACGGUUUCAUCCUCAACCAACUAGCCACAGGCUCAGUUCCAGUCACUAACUUCACCCUAGAACAGAUCAGGGAAGCUUCUAGCAUCAUCUAUGAGCACGAUGACUCUGAGACCACGGAGGACAGCUUUGACAUCAUCCUAACAGAUGGAAAGUAUUCUGUGGAGAAAACUGCCAUGGUCAUGAUCGUGCCCCUCGAUGAUGAGACUCCGAGAAUGAUUGUCAAUGAUGGACUUGAGGUAGAAGUAGGUGAGACUAAAGAGAUCAACAACAAAGUACUCAAAGCCACAGAUCUAGACUCAGAUGACAGCGCGUUGAUCUAUGUUGUGCGCUUUGGCCCUGAUCAGGGCCUGCUUCAGAGGAAAAUUCCAUCUGGGCUUCUGGAGAACAUAACUGUGGGCAUGAACUUCACGCAGAGCGAGGUGGAUAAGGGGUUGAUAGUUUACACACACAGCGGUCAAGAGGGGAUACGCGACCUGGUCAAAUUUGACAUCACCGACACCAUGAACCCUCUGAUUGACCAUUACUUCUACAUCACCAUCAGGAGUAUCGACAUGGUAUUCCCAGAUGUGGUCAGUAAAGGGGUUUCUCUGAAGGAAGGUGGUAGAGUUACAUUAACCACAGAUCUUCUCAGUACCAGCGAUUUCAACAGUCCAGAUGAACACUUGGUGUUCACCAUCACCAGGGCUCCGGUUAGAGGACACUUGGAGUGUACUGACACACCGGGGAUACCCACCGUGUCCUUCACCCAACUUCAGUUGGCUGGCUGUAAGAUCUACUACAUCCAUACCUCAGAUGAAGAAGUCAAGAUGGACAGCUUCGAGUUUGAGGUAACCGACGGUUACAACCCGGUGUUCCGUACAUUCCGAGUUGCUAUUGUGGACAUAGACAACAAGAAACCCGUUUUGACGAUUCACGGACUUGUGGUGACGGAGGGGCAAAGCAAACUCAUCACGCCGUUUGAGUUGACUGCCGAGGACCAGGACACAGUUGAGGAGCUGUUGAAGUUCACAGUGGCCCAACCGCCAGUACAUGGCAAACUCCUCUUCAAUAACACAUCACCAGUCACCGUCUUCACCAAGCAAGACCUCGAUGACAACCUCAUUAGCUACAAACAUGAUGGCACAGAGUCCUCUGAAGACUCCUUCUCCUUCACCGUGACUGAUGGGACACACGCCGACUUCUACGUGUUCCCUGACACCGUGUUUGAGACGCGGCGGCCCCAGAGAUUGAAGAUCAAGGUGGUGGCCAUCGAUAAUGGAUUACCCCAGCUGGUGAGGAAUAAGGGCGCCACCACGCUGAGGAUCCUGUCCACCGGGCACCUGGGUUACCCCAUCACCUCCAGAGUUCUACGGGUGGAAGACAGAGACAGUGUUCCGGCGACCUUGGUGUUUCACGUCACCACAGAACCCAUGCAUGGUUACCUUAUCAAUCUCGGCAAGGGGAAUGGCUCUAUCAACAAUUUCAGUCAAGCGGACGUCGAUGAACAGAGAAUCUUCUACGUGUUAAAAAGCAAGCAGAACGCCACCGCAGACUUCUUCCUGUUCUCCGUCGAAGACUAUGGUGGAAACAAGCUGAAGGAACAGCAGUUCCAGCUGGAUUGGGCCUGGAUCUCCCUGGAAAAAGAGUACUAUGUGGUGGACGAGCAGAACGGUUUCCUGGAGGUGGUCCUCAAACGACGGGGCUACCUGGGGGAGACUUCUUUCAUAGGCAUCAGAACUCAGGAUGGCAGUGCAGAGAAAGACCUGGACUUUCAGGGUCGCUCUCAGAGACAGGUGCAGUUUAACCCAGGCCAGGCCCGGGCCACGUGGCGUGUAAGGAUCCUGGCCGAUGGGACCUUUGAGCAGUCCGAAACCUUCCAGAUACUUCUUUCUGAACCUGCAAUGGGAGCAUUGGAGUUCCCUUCAGCCGCCACUGUGGAAAUAUUGGACCCGGCAGACGAGUCAACUGUGUACAUCCCACUGCCCAGUUUCUCAGUCGAGGAGGAUGCAGGGGAGGUGUUGGUGCCCGUCCACAGGAGUGGAGACGUCAGUCAGGAACUCCUGGUGGUCUGCUACACACAUCAAGACUCUGCCACAGGUACCGUCCCCUCCACGGUGCUGUCCUACUCGGACUACAUAUCCAGGCCAGAGGAGCACAUUAGUGUCCUACGCUUUGCCAGGGGAGAGAGGGAGAAACAGUGUGGCGUGGUGGUCAUUGAUGACUCUCUGUACGAGGGAGAGGAGGGCUUCAAUGUGAGCCUGUCCCUGCCUGUUGGAGGGCACCUCGGAGCCCACUACCACACUGCCAGAGUCACCAUACGGCAAGAUCUGGACGAUGUUCCAGUGUUCUACUUCAGUGAUGUUGAGUACCACGUGGACGAGAGUGAAGGUCACGUGGAGGUCAGGGUGUUGAGGACAGGAACGGAUCUCUCCAAGGCCGCCACCGUCACUGUGCACUCCCGCAAGACGGACCCGGUCUCUGCCGAGGCUGGUGUAGACUAUGUGGGGAUCGGUCGUAACCUGGACUUUGCUCCGGGAGUCAGCCAGCAGACCGUCAGGGUGACCAUCCUGGAUGACCUAGGCCACCCUGUACUGGAGGGACCAGAGACCUUUGACCUGGUCCUCCGCAUGCCGGUGGGUGGCAUUCUGGGAGAACCGGCCGAGGCUCAUGUCUACAUCAACGACUCUGUCUCUGACCUGCCCAAGGUGCAGUUCCGGGAGGCGUUGUAUAUGGGGGAGGAGAGUGAUGGUCGUAUCCCGGCAACUGUGCUCCGUAGUGGUGACAUCAGCUACAAGUCCACUGUGCGAUGUUACACCCGCCAGGGGUCAGCAGAGGUCACCGCCGACUUCAUAGAAAGACCAAACACUGACGCCUCCAUCAUCACCUUCCUACCAGGGGAAGUUGAGCAGAAGUGUGUGUUGUCUACACUUGAUGACACACUCUAUGAGGAGGGGGAGGAGCUUAGGCUGAUUCUGGGGAGCCCCACCAGCGAAUCACCGUUCGGGGCGUCGAUUGGAGCGCUGAAUGAGACCACCAUCCUGAUUAAAGAUUCUGCUGAUAAGUCCAUCAUCAAGUUCGGGGAGACCAAGUUCAGUGUGAGUGAGCCGAAGGAGGCGGGCUCUGUGUCCGCUGUAAAGAUUCCCGUGUUGCGAUUGGGCGAUACCUCCCAGGUGUCAGUGGUCCGUGUUCACACCAAGGACGGGUCAGCCGUCUCGGGCGAGGACUACCAUCCUGUUUCAGAAGAUGUUAAGUUCAAGAAGGGGGAGACGAAGCACAUUGUAGAGGUGGAGGUGUUGUACGAUGGAGUCAGAGAGAUGAGAGAAGCCUUCACUGUCCACCUGGAACCAGACUACAACAUGGUGGCUGAGACACAGAUGUCCAAGGUCAUUGUGUAUAUUGAGGAGACCAACAGCAUGGCUGAUGUGACCUUCCCCUCACCGCCUCACGUGGUCUCCCUGCUGCACUAUGACAAUGACGGCAAAGAGAACCUCCACCCUCCUGCUGGCUACCCCGUAGUUUGUAUCACAGCCUGUAACCCCAGGUACUCUGACUAUGACAAGACGGGCUCCAUCUGCUCCAGCGAGCACAUUAACGACACUCUGACGCGUUACCGCUGGCUCAUCAGCGCCCCCACUGGCCCAGACGGUGUCACUUCACCCAUGAGAGAGGUGAACUUCGAUACCUUCUUCUCAUCCUCCAAGAAGAUCACUCUGGACUCUGUCUACUUCCAGGCGGGCUCCAGGGUGCAGUGUGUCGCCAGGGCCGUCAACUCUAAUGGAGACGAGGGUCUGGAGCUCAGCAGUCCCACCACUACUGUCAGCAUGAAGGAGGGGAUGUGCCAGCCUCGUCGAAUGGGCACUGUGGGAGCGGAACCCUUCUCCUCCAAGCUACGCUACACCGGAGCAGACGACCCACAGCACCCCAACCUCAUCAAACUCAUUGUCACCAUGCCACACAUUGAUGGUAUGCUGCCGGUCAUCUCCACCCGUCCUCUGUCUAACUUCGAGCUCACCCUCGGCCCAGACGGCACCCGCGUCGGCAACCACCGCUGCUCCAACCUGCUCGACUACACCGAGGUCACCACUGGUCACGGCUUCAUCACCGCGGCGACGAGGAACACGGAGAGCGUGGGCGACACCUCGCCCUACCAGUACAGUGCCCCCAUGAGGGGAAAUGACACAUUGCGCUUCUACAGGAACCUGAACCUAGAGGCCUGUCUGUGGGAAUUCACCAGCUACUACGACAUGUCUGAACUCCUCUCCAUCUGUGGAGGGACCAUCAGCACGGAUGGACAGGUGCUGAACCUGGUCCAAUCGUACGUGACGCUGCGUGUUCCCCUACACGUGUCAUACGUGUUCUACUCCCCGGUGGAGGCGGGAGGCUGGCAGCACUUCGACAUGCAGUCAGAGCUGCGCCUCACCUUCGUGUAUGACACGGCUAUCCUGUGGACGGAAGGCAUCGGGAGUCCCCCCCAGGCCGGGCUACAGGGUGCUCUAUACCCCACCAGUAUGCGUAUAAAUGUGCAGGGCCGUCUGGUGGUGAACUUUAGAACCAAGGCUGGCUUCAGGGGGCUGUUUGUGGAGACCCACUCUGGAGGAAGGAUCCAAAAAACAGCAUCCUCUCUGUCCUCUAUGGUGAUGUGUGCGGAUCACCCCAGUCUGACCUUUAACCUCAGCUUGGUGAGGAGUGAGCCCACCUACAACCAGCCAAAUCAGCAGUGGACAUUUACGUCAGAUUUUGCUGUGUGUGACUACUCGGGCUCGUACACGGUGACACUGCUUCCAUGCACGGCAGCCCAGAACGUGGAGUACAGCCUCCCUCCCGUCUGUCACCCCAGAAAGCCUGUCACCUUUGACCUGGACAUACGCUUCCAACAGGUCAGCGACCCGGUGGCAGUAGAGUUCAGUCUUAACACUCAGAUGUUCCUGUUGUCCAAGAAGAGCCUGUGGCUCUCGGAUGGAUCCAUGGGCUUUGGACAGGAGGCUGACCCUGUGGCUUUUUCAGAGGGUGACACUAUCUACGGCCGUGUGAUGGUGGAUCCUGUCCAGAACCUGGGGGACUCGUUCUUCUGCAGCAUUGAGAAGGUGUACCUGUGCACAGGCGCGGAUGGAUACGUGCCGAAGUACAACCCCACCAAGUUUGAGUUUGGCUGCCUGGCCGACUCUCCCUCUCUGCUUUACCGCUUCAAGAUCAUAGAUAAAGCCCAGCCUGAGACACAGGCCAGUGGGUUUGAUGAUGUGGGCUUUAAUGCUGUGUUGGCUGUAGACGACCCCACAGCUCUCUCUCUGGUCAGACAGCCUGGAUCAGACGGGUUCAGACUGGACUCUACCGCCCUGUUCCAGGUGGCCGCUGGCCGUGAGUGGUUCAUCCACACCAUCUACACGGUCCGCUCCAGAGACAAGGACCACCGCGGCGUCGGCAAGAGAAGCUCCAUGGUUGCCAUGGGCAAUGACCACUCCGUGACACCGGAGCUCAAUGUUCAAGGUCACCGUGCGAGGAGGUCAGUUGACAGUGCGGCGGUGCCGGACACGGCCAAGGACAUCAGAACGGACAACACCCGCGGCACAAACAUCAUGCACAUCGCCCUGGAUCGUACCAAGGGGAGAGCGGCUGGGGUGGACCAGGUGUACGCCGACGGGCUGGAACCACGGGAUCUCAGCAGGCAAGGGGAGGGGCUGCUGACGGUGGUGGGGGGGUUGAUGGGUCUGCUUCUCACCUUCGUCAUCGUCCUGGUGGUCCGGUCCAGGCGGAAGAGCAUGGGGGGAGGGCGGGGCAUGAAGGACUCAGCCAGCACAGAACCCAUAAUGGUGGCGAGGAUGAACGACUGCAGUGACAGCACCGAGGUCUGAGAGGAAUCACGGAAUGAUCAAAGGAUGGAUGGAUGGACAAAUUAAUAGAAAGAUUGAUGGAAGAAUUAAGGGAAAGAUAGAUGGAUGAAUGAAUGAAAAGAAAGUUGGAAGGGUGGACAGAUGAAUGAAAAGACGGAUAAUUUAUUUGGGGUUUUUUGUAUUCUUAAUUUCAUGUUCAGAUUUUUUUUUCAUCACUGUUUCUGGAGUGAUUGAAAACCCUGAAACUCAUAGUUGUGCAAUGGUGAUUGAAAGUCCUUGUAUAUUGAUUUGAAAUACCUUAUACUGUCACAGCUCCCUUUUAGAAAGCCGCCUGGUGACGGUAUUCAACAACAUCUCCAACAGUCUGGGGAUUUUAAAGAUAUUUCUUACUUUUGAUAAUAUCCUGGUUUUGCUUUUCCUUUGGUGUGGUGUUUCAAGUGCCUCAAGCAGAUACACGCAGACCAACGGAAUCUGUUUUUCAACAAAUAGCUAACGUCUCCACCAAUGGGGAGCGCUCAUGCUAGAGUUUUUGACCAAUGGGUAACAUUAUUCAGGCUUAAUUGUAUUCCUUAUAUCCCAAAAACAUUGCAUACAUUUGCCAGGUCCCAUAUCAAGGUCUAUACAG